UCUGAGUUGAGGCCGGCGUUCUACUCUAGCUUCAGCGCGCCUCUGAUUUUCACAGUACAAAAUUAAGAUCAUGGCCGGCGGCGGGGUGAAGGGCUUCUACCGCCAGCGGAAGAGGCCAGCCGCCGGCGGCGUCGCCAAGUCGACCAAGGCGUCCAAGAAGGCAUCCAAGAAGAAGCCGCAGAACUGCUCCCAAUCCCAAGAUUGCCGCCGCCUCCCCGGCGACGAGGAGGAGGAGCUGCUGCGGCUGUUCGACAUGGACAUGACGUACGGCCCGUGCAUCGGCAUCACGCGCCUACGGCGGUGGGAGCGCGCCGCCGCCCUGGGCUUGUGCCCGCCGGCACAUCUCCGGGACCUGCUCCUGCCAAGCCCGCUUCCGGCUAAUGAUCCUCCUCUCUCCUCGUCUUCUUCUUCUUCGUCUCCGGCCAAGAUCAUCAGCACCGCCGCCGGCGCCAGCAGCGCUAGCAUCGCGGUGCAGGGCGAGUGCCUCUGGGCGGGCAAAGUGAGCUAGCUAGCCGUUCAGCUAGUUCUUGCGUGGGCAUACAUCAUCCAUGCAUACAAGAGUACGUCAUCGUAUAUAUUUGCGAAAAAAUUAACUUUUUGCCAUCUUACGUGUGGUCAAAACAAAAUACUCCUAGAUUCUUCUUGUAUGCAUGGAUGAUUAAUUGCUGCACUGGUUAAUACAAACA